UAAACGUGGCAUCCGAAAUAAAAGAGGGGUGAAUGAUUCCUCGGUAUUAACGAACUCUGCCGCCGACGAAUUCAAUCGAUCCAGCUUUAAAAAGGUCAUUUCGACUGAACAUCAUUAUGCAGAUGAAGCUCAGGAAUUAUUCAGACAAGAAACGCGAUAGCCCUAAGUGGUGGGGAACCGCAUUGUUAUAAGAAGUCCUUCUCAAUUUCUCCGGCCUUCAAUCGCGUUAAUAAUCUGUUGUUAGAAUCGUUGGUGAUACCGAUUAAAUAGCCUAAGUUCUCUUAGUCCUUUCCUUAAGGACUUGUAUAAGAAGUUCUCAAUAUCCUCAGUCUUCGCGAAUGGUCCAUCGUUGGUGAUACUAAUUAAAUACUCCAAACUUCCUUAACUCCUUGUUUCUGUGCCACGUAUGUAUAGUGUUUGCUUCGGAUCCAUCUGUAUGAUUCCAUUGGCAUCGAGCAAUACUUGAAGAACCGCAGGAGGUAACCAGCAAAGUACAGUGGUAUUCCCUUGAAACCGGCAAGCAAGAUGUCCUGCAACAUGCAAGUGGACGCUAUGAAAGUGAACUAUGCGGCUACAGAACCCGGGGAGGAGGUGGUGAUCACAGGUAUCGCCGGUCGAUUCCCGGAAUGUAACAAUGUGAUGGAACUGAAGGCGAACUUACUGAAUAAGAAGGACCUGGUCACGGAGAAUUAUUCCAGAUGGAGGCUAGAUCACGCAGAGAUCCCACGGGAUGGUGGUAAACUGACUGGUUUGUCUAAGUUUGAUGCUAUCUUCUUCGGUGUCCAUUAUAAGCAAGCUCAUACGUUGGACCCCAUGUGCAGGAUGCUGCUGGAGCACAGUUAUGAAGCACUCAUUGAUGCAGGGAUCAAUCCCAGACAGCUUAGAGGAACCAACACUGCUGUUGUUAUAGGCUCUUGCAUCAGUGAGUCAGAGAAGACGUGGUUUUAUGAGAAAUUGCAAGCAAAUGGCUUUGGUAUCACCGGUUGCAGCAGAGCCAUGUUGGCCAACCGGAUCUCCUACUUCCUAGGAUUACACGGUCCAUCUUAUGCGAUAGACACAGCCUGUAGUUCCAGCUUAUUCGCAUUGGAUCAUGCCUACAGAAUGAUACGAACUGGAAUCUGCGACACGGUGAUCGUCGGUGGCUCUAAUCUAUGUCUUCAUCCCUAUGUGUCGUUGCAAUUCGCUCGUUUAGGUGUGCUGUCCAGCGACUGUCGUUGCAAGUCCUUCGACGCCAGAGCCAAUGGCUACGUCCGCAGCGAGGCCGUCAGUGUUAUAGUAUUGCAGAAAGCGAAAAAUGCCAGAAGGAUUUACGCCCAGGUCGUUUACACUAAGACAAAUUGCGAUGGUUACAAGGAACAGGGUAUCACGUUCCCUGCCAGCGAAGUGCAGAAGAUGCUUCUGAGAGACUUCUACAAUGAGUGUAAGAUCCCUCCAACGAUUCUCUCCUAUUUGGAAGCUCAUGGUACUGGGACAAGCGUCGGUGAUCCUGAAGAACUGAAUGCCAUCAGCAGUAUCUUCUGUCAAGGAAGAAAAACACCCCUUAAAAUGGGUUCUAUUAAGUCUAACAUGGGACACACUGAGCCUGCCAGUGGUCUCUGUUCAGUCGCCAAGAUCGUCAUCGCAAUGGAGACUGGCUUGAUCCCUCCAAACUUACACUUUAAGAACCCCAUGAAGGGUAUAAAGUGCUUCGAGGAAGGAAAGGUCCAAGUGGUCACAGACCCAACACCAUGGGAAGGUGGCUACGCGGGAAUAAACUCGUUUGGUUUUGGUGGUGCGAAUGCCCAUGUCCUACUAAAGUCCUAUGCCAAAGAGAAGGUUAACAAUGGAGCACCUUCUGAUAAUUUACCUAGAUUGGUAGUUGCAUCUGGACGCACCGAGGAGGCGAUGAACACUCUCCUAAACUAUGUGGAAAGUAUACCUGUAGACGUGGAGUAUAUUAGACUUCUCCAUGAAGUAUAUGCUGAGAAUAUAACUGGUCACCUGUUCAGAGGAUACACAGUAGUAGGCUCUAAGAUAUCUGAUAAACCACCAAGAGAAAUUCAAGAAUAUUCUGGCUUGAAGAGACCCGUUUGGUUUGUAUUUUCUGGAAUGGGAUCUCAGUGGCCUGGCAUGGGUGAAGCACUGAUGAGGUUCCCCAUCUUUGCUCAAGCCAUUAAAAAAUGUGAUGCAGCUUUGAGACCACAUGGCGUCGACAUUGUGGACAUUAUCACAAACAAGGAUAGAAAAACAUUUGAUAAUAUCCUGAACUCCUUUGUUGGAAUUGCUGCAAUUCAAAUUGGUCUCGUUGAUUUGUUAACCGCCGUGGGUAUAGUUCCGGACAACAUAAUCGGUCACUCUGUCGGGGAACUUGGUUGUGCUUAUGCCGAUGGAUGCUUCACCGCUGAGCAAAUGAUACUUUCAGCGUAUUCUAGAGGUUUGGCAUCCAUAGAGACAAAAAUGAUUCGAGGAUCUAUGGCGGCAAUUGGUCUUGGAUACGAGGACAUAAAAGAUAUGUGUCCACCGGAUAUUGAAGUAGCAUGCCACAAUGGCCCUGAUAGCUCCACCAUAAGUGGUCCCGCUGAAUCCAUGAAGGAGUUCGUUGCCAAGUUACAGGCCAAUAAGAUCUUUGCAAAGGAAGUACCAUGCAGCAACAUCGCCUACCAUAGUCGUUACAUAGCUGAAGCAGGACCAAAAUUGUUGGCCUACUUGAGAAAAGUGAUACCAGAAGCCAGACCACGAAGCUCCAAAUGGCUGAGCACCUCUGUGCCACGUAAUCAAUGGUCAUCACCAGCUGCCAAAUACUCCUCAGCCGAGUAUCACACCAAUAAUUUAUUGAACUCUGUGUUAUUCGCGGAAACCGCGACCAUGAUACCAGCUGAUGCGAUAACCAUAGAGAUAGCGCCUCAUGGUCUCUUACAAGCGAUUUUGAAGAGGUCCUUAGACCCUAAUGUGACCAAUGUACCCCUAACCCAACGUGGCCACAAAGACAAUGCUGAGUUCUUCUUGCAAGCUCUUGGGAAGGUUUAUAAUUGCGGAUUGCAGCCGCAGCUUGCAAACAUUUACCCACACGUUGAGUUUCCUGUCAGCCGUGGGACACCCAUGAUCUCUCCUCACAUAAGGUGGGAACAUUCCGAGGACUGGUUCGUACCAGUCUAUUCGCAACGUCAGAGAAUAACCACAUCGGAACGAACAGUUGAAAUCGCUCUUAAAGAUGAGAACUACGAGUACAUGAUGCACCACAUAAUCGACGGGAGAAAUCUAGUUCCAGCUACAGGAUAUCUAAUCUUAGUCUGGGAAACAAUUAGUUUACUGGAAGGAAAGUUGUACGAUGAGGUGCCAGUUAUGUUUGAGAACAUCAAAUUUGAACGUGCAACCACCAUCCCAGCGAAUGGUAGCGUUCAAUUAACAAUAAUGGUUCAAAAAGGUUCUGGAAAGUUUGAGAUCUCUGAAGGCUCCUCGACAGUAGUAUCAGGAACAAUUCGUAAACUGACGAAUCCGUCGCAAGAAAAGAUCGCGCCGCUGUUCUUAACAGAGAUCGACGACGAGGAAGCCUUGACCGAGAAAGAUAUCUACAAAGAACUGAAACUCCGUGGGUAUGACUACACUGGGCUGUUCCGUGCCCUAAAGAGCGCUUCGAUCAAGGGAACAAGAGGACGUAUCGCUUGGAUGAAGAACUGGGCUGCUUUUAUGGACAACAUGUUACAAAUCAAAUUGUUGGGCAUCGAUACCAGAGCUCUAUACGUACCCACAGCGAUACAGAAGCUGGUGAUAGAUGUUAAAUUGCACAAUGAUAAAAUUCGCUGCUUCACUGACGAUACUAAUGAAUUCUCAGUACAGGUGUACAACGACUACGACGCGGUAAUAUCUGGUGGUAUAGAGAUACGAGGAUUAAAAGCCAGCGCUAUUCAAAGACGUAAGCUGAUGGCGGUUCCAGUUUUGGAGGAAUACAAGUUCGUGCCCAACCGCGACAAAGCACAGACCUCCCUGGAGGAGAUGAUCGUUCUAUCAACUCAUCUUGCUUUAGACAGUAACAUAAUACCCAAUGCAAAGAUCAUGGAACUAGUUAAUCAUGAUGACGAUAUACUCGACGAGGAAGUUUUGGCUCCUGUCUUCGUAAAAGUGUUAGGGGAUUUACCAAUGUUUCGUCUAAAUAUGGUUUUGGCUGCAGAAUCAAAAAGAUGUGAGAAAAUAUCACUACCAGAGAAUGUUACUAUCAUAGAACCGAACAAAUUGCCUGAAGACGGUAGCAUCUUCAUGGCAGCUGCCUAUAACAUCUUCUCAAAGAAGAGACACGAUAUUCUCGAGCAACUUUUGCUCGCGAUCACAGACUAUGGUUUCAUUCUAAUUCGAGAAACUAUGAUCAACAACAACGCUUAUUUGUAUCUGCAGAGGUGUGGGCUGAACAUUGUACUGGAGAAGAGUCUCAACGAUGAGACACUCUUAUUACUGAAGAAACAGGAGAAGCCCCCUCAGAGGACAGAAGUCGUGUAUGUGAACAACAAUGAAUUUAGCUGGCUGGGGAAAGUGAAGGAGACCUUGAAGAAUUAUGAGGAACGAGAGAACAAUGAGACGGUGAGAUUAGUCUUAGUAGGAGAGGGUGACCUGGAAAACGGUGCCUUGGGCUUGAUCAAGUGCUUGAGAAGAGAACCCAACGGUGAAAUUGCAAAGGCAGUAAUAAUUCAAGAUAAGAAUGCUCCAAAGUUUUCAUUGAACGAUCCAUUUUAUGCCAAGCAGCUUGAUAUUGACAUUGCUAUAAACAUUUUGAGACCAGGCAAGAUCUGGGGCACGUACAGGCACGUACCUUACCCUCCAUUGAACUCAAUUCCAGUUUUUCAUGGCUAUGCCAACUUAAAAGUAAGAGGCGACUUGAGUUCCAUCCGAUGGAUGCAAGGUGCGAUCCAACCGGGUGACAAGAAUCUUGUGAAGGUGGUGUAUUCAUCUCUGAACUUCAGAGACGUGAUGUUGGCUACUGGUAAACUGAUGCCAGAGGCCAUCACGAAAGACAGACUGAUGAGAGAUUGUCUGAUUGGAUUCGAGUUCAGUGGGAUAGACUCAAAUGGACGUCGAGUGAUGGGAUUCGUCGACAGCAGGGCAAUCACCAACCUUGUUACUGCUGGGAAUUUCAAUCUCUGGCCAGUGCCAGAUGAAUGGUCACUGGAGGAUGCAGCAACUGUUCCAAGCGCCUAUUUCACAGUCUUCUAUGCAUUUUUCCAUUUUGGAAAGUUGAGAAAAGGCGAAAAAGUGUUGAUCCACAGUGGUAGUGGCGCAGUGGGUCAAGCUGCCAUCAACAUCGCUCUCGCCGAAGGAUGCGAAGUCUUCACCACGGUGGGAACACCUGAAAAACGUAAAUUCAUCAGAGAAACGUUCCCCAGUAUCGAUGAUGAUCAUAUUGGCAACUCUCGAGACACAAGUUUCGAACAGAUGGUGAUGAAACAGACGAAUGGCAAAGGAGUAGACAUUGUUUUGAAUUCCUUAUCCGAGGACAAGCUUCUGGCAUCGGUUAGAUGUUUGUGUUACCGAGGUCGUUUUCUAGAAAUUGGCAAAUUCGAUCUGGCUUCUAACAAUCCACUGGGAAUGGAGAUAUUCUUAAAGGAAAUUAGCUUCCAUGGGAUCAUGCUGGACAGCAUGAUCAAUGGUGUUAUACCCAAACUACAAGAGGAGCUGCAUCAUUUUGUUAACAGUUACUUACACUCCAAGGCUGUCAAGCCUUUGAUCAGAAAAUGCUUUGAGAAACAUCAAGUAGAGGACGCAUUCAGGUACAUGGCAGCUGGAAAACAUAUUGGAAAGAUUUUAAUCAAAGUGGGGGAUGAAAAGGAACCCUUAAACACCCCAAUAUCCGCUUACCCGCGAUUCAACGCAUCACCAAACAAGAGUUAUGUAAUCGUGGGAGGAUUAGGUGGAUUGGGUCUAGAAGUAGCUGACUGGUUAGUUAUACGUGGGGCUAUGAAUCUAGUAAUAGUAUCACGCGGUGGUAUUAAGAACGGCUACCAAAGAAUGAGGACAGAAACAUGGAAAUCGUAUGGAGUGAAGGUUCUAAUAAUCUCUGGUGUGGAUCUUUCAAAAACGAACGACUGCGAGUUUACUCUGAGGUCAGCAGAGAAACAGGCACCAGUGGAUGGCAUCUUCAACCUUGCAGCUAUAUUGAAAGAUUGUCUAAUUGUAAACCAGACUGAGAAGAACUUUGAAGAGAGCAUGAAGCCAAAGGCUGGGAUUACUAAGAAACUGGAUGAGGUCUCCAGGAAGAUUUGUCCAAAGCUUCGCCACUUUGUGGUAUUUUCUUCCCUUUCUUGUGGAAGAGGAAUGAAUGGACAGACAAAUUAUGGCAUGGGUAACUCUGUGUCAGAGAGGAUCUGCGAGAAGAGGGUAGAGGAAGGUCUGCCAGGUAUGGCUAUUGAAUGGGGAGUCAUAGGAGAAGUUGGUCUAGCUGCAGAGAUGUGGGAAAACAAACAGGAGCUCAUAAUUGGUGGGACGUUACAACAGAAGGUGUCCUCGUGUUUGGAGGAAUUGGAUAAAUUUUUAUCGCAGAGCAGACCUAUUGUGGCUAGCAUGGUAGUUGCAGAGAAACGUCCUAGUGCCAGUGAGGCUAGUAACGUUCUAGAAGCAGUGAUGAAUAUCAUGAGUAUAAAGGACCUGAAGACAGUGAGUCAGAGCACUUCCUUAGCUGAACUUGGAAUGGAUUCUAUGAUGGCUGUUGAAAUCAAACAGACCCUGGAACGAGACUUUGAAGUAUUCCUAACUGCACAAGAUAUUCGAGUACUGAAUAUAGCUAAACUCGUCGAGAUGUCUGCCAAAGACACAAAGAAACAGAAGAAACAGGUCACAAAAUCUGUCGUUAAAACGGAACACUUAAGUGGUAUGAGGCUACUGAUGAAGACAUUGAAUGUGUCUACAUUAAAUACUGAACCCUGCAUCGAACUUCCCAUUAAAUGUGGAGAAAAGAAGAACGAAAUAUUCCUUAUACCGGGUAUCGAAGGAUCUGCUUCUAUUUUCUACCCAUUGAUACCAUUUUUGAAGUUCCCAGCCACUGUUUUGCAAUUAAAAAUAUACGACACAGAUCAGUCUGUAGAGGAGAUGGCAGAACGUCUCUUACCUCAUGUUUUGGAAAGGAGUAAGGGUCGCAGAGACUUCGUAAUCGUUGGAUAUUCAUAUGGAUCAAUAAUAGCUAUUGAACUUGUAAGGAGAUUAGAAGCCCAUGGCCUAGUCGGUCAUCUAAUUUUAAUUGAUGGAUCUCCUGAUUACAUGAGAGCCAUAAAAGAAACUCAUUUCGAAGCUUCUACACAUGAGGAAUUGCAGGACAAAUUCUUGGUUGAUAUACUAAAUGUCUGCAAGUCAACUACCAUAGCAGAGUUCAAAUUGGAAUUGAACAACUGCACCACGUGGUAUGAAAAGUUAGAGAAAAUGGUUCAACACACACCCCCAGAAGUUCUUAAAGUUUACACCUCUGAAAAUCAGAAAACAUUUUCCACAUUCCUGUUCAAUCGUCUAUGUGUUAUAGAUAAAUAUAAUCCCACUUCUUUGCCACCUCUUAGAACACCUAUCACAUUAUUAAAACCAACAUUGCAAGCUGUGCAGCUUGAUGAUUUUUCUUAUGGUUGCAGUAAGUUAACAUAUGGAAAAGUGAACGUAUACGUGGUCGAAGGUAAUCACAUUUCAAUGCUGGAUAAUAGUAAAGUCACAGCAGCAAUUAAUGGCGAACCUUUAGAUGACAAUGAAACAUUUAAAAAUACUCUAAACCUUGUCUCCUCUGACAUGAAUUUAGAAGGCAAAGGCGCCAAUUUCAUGGGUUUGACAUAAUGAAACGUAAAUCACUCAACUUUCCCCAAAAGAGCAGGAGAUUGCACAUAUUUAAUUCUUUUUUUCAACAAUACCUAUCAUUUUUUUCUAUGUACCUUUCAUUCAUAACAAAUAAAUGAAAAACUCAAUAUUAAUAAAAUCUUGUCAUGUUUUUAUGCAAAAUCAACAUACAUCCAAAAACAUAUCAGAUUUAUUCGCGAUAAUCGAAAUGUCAUUCAUACAAUGAAUUGAAUUGUACUUCAUACGAUGGCCUUAACAUUACAUUGUAUACAUACAGUAUAGAAAUAAAACUACCAAGUUGUA